CAUCGCUGCUGUGAAACCCACCACUGUUUCUACAGUCCAAGUCGUGGUGGUAUAGCAUUUUGAACAUAUUAUUUCCCCUUUUGGCUCUUCUUGUACAUAUUUCAACUUCUUUCAUAAGCCUUUCGUCGCCAUGAAGAGCUUCGUUCGCAGCUUCAUCGCCAAGCAUAGACCAGAGAGUCGUCGUGGGUCCUCCGGAAAGGCGCCGCCGGUAAAGGCCGCUGCCAACAUUUCCAACAAACCAGAUCCACCGACUGAUACUAUCAUCAAUUCCAACAUGGCUGGCGAGCAGCAGGUUUUGGCAGAUGGCAACCUGGCAAUUGCUCUUCAGAAUAAGACUUCUUCCAGCAACGUUUUUGCAUAUAUCACAGGCCUAGCUUUGCAGAAUAAUAACCGACCCAUUUUUAUCCAAAGUGAUGGGCGAACGGUGUAUUCUCCGACGUCACCGGAUAGACCACUUGUCGAGCUCAGUCAGGACGUUGCCAUUCCAUUGGGGCCACCUGGAAACACCGUCAAUGUCGUUAUCCCAAAGAUUGCUGGAGGCCGCAUUUGGUUUUCAGUUGAUGCUCGACUGAAAUUCCUUGUCAACCCUGGACCAGCAAUUGUGGAGCCAUCUGUCACAAACACGAGCGACCCGAACAUCAAUGUAUCCUGGACGUUCUGCGAGUUUACAUACAACGAUGCGCAACUCUUUGCCAACAUAUCCUAUGUCGACUUUGUCAGCGUACCCAUUGCCAUUUCGCUGACCAACACGUCGGGGAACACACAAAAGGUUCCCGGCAUGCCGGCCAGCGGAUUCAACACUAUUGUGAAUGAACUAAGGGCCCAGUCCGGCCGAGAUGGCAGACCAUGGGACAAGCUCAUAUAUUCCCAUAAUGGAAAGCCACUUCGAGCUCUCAGUCCCAAUUACCUGCUAGUCGGCAACGCGAAUGCGUGGGACGGCUACUGGGACUCGUAUGUCCAGCAAGCCUGGUCGAAAUUCAGAAACGAGGACAUGAUUGUGAACACGCAGGCUGCUGCUGGCAACCUGAGGGGUCGUGUGAAUGGAAACGAACUGUCUCUUGGCGAAGCCGGCACUUUUGGCCCACCUUCAGCACGCGACAUAUUCUCCUGCUCCACGGGGCCUUUCCAGACUGGUUCGAAUCAAGCUAGAAAUGCAGUAAUCCCUAGACUGGCGGCGGCCUUCAAUAGGAGCACACUCCUCGACACCAAUCAAUUCCCUAAUGGGAGCCGCCCUGAGAACUAUUACAAGAACGCGACUACCAACCACUAUUCUCGAAUUGUACAUGCCGCGCAGAUAGACAAGAGAGGUUAUGCAUUUCCAUACGAUGAUGUUGUUCCUGAUGGUGGAAGCGAUGUCGCAGGAACCCUCUUUGAUGGAAGUCCUAGACUAUUUACUGUUACCGUGGGUGGAGGCUAGGUUUGCUUUCAUGUUGGAUGAGUCCCAGACUUAUGUACAUACUUGCGCAUGGCUUUCUUUGACACAUUUACAUACUGCUCUUCUUAUUAUAUCGUACAUAUUUGAAUCCUAGGUAAAUAUUCAUCUUGUAUCUGGUACUACAUCCUCACGACUUGAUGAAGCUAUCAAUUGAUG